AUGCCUCCGCCCCCAAAUAGGUUCCCCAGCGGGCCCGCCACCAUCUCGCCGUACCAGCACCAGUUCCCUCCCCAGCACGGCGGCCAGGGCCACGGCGGCGGCGGCGGCCAUCCCCCGCCGCUCGGCAACCCGGCCUACAUCGGCGGGCCCAACAGCCAGCUGAACCCCUUCGCCGCGAAUGGCGCCCUCAGCAUGGCCGCGGGGCUGAACCCCGCGGGCGCGGGCGCGUUUGGCGGCCACGGCGACUCGGGCCUGGGUAGCCACGCCGCCCGCCUCGGCUUCACCCAUGGCGGCACCAGCCUCCAGCAGCAGCAACAGCAACAAGCGCAGCAGCAGCAGCAGGCCCAACAACAACAGCAGCAGCAGCAGCAACAGGCCCAGCAGCAGCAGCAGCAGCAGCAGCAGCAGCAGCAACAGCAACAACAGCAGCAGGCCCAGCAGCAGCAACAACAGCAGCAACACCACCCGCAGCAAGGGCAUGGCGGCGCCGUGCUGUCGGACCACCCGACCCGCACCCAGGCUAAAGGACGGAUACGGGAGGUGUGGAAACACAACCUGCACGAGGAGAUGGCCAUCCUUCGCGACCUGAUAGAGAGGUACAACUAUAUUGCUAUGGACACAGAGUUUCCGGGGCUCGUUUGUAGGCCUAUGGGGACCUUCCGCGGGAAGAGCGACUACCACUAUCAAUGCCUCCGGGCCAACGUGGACAUGCUGAACGUGCUGCAGGUGGGCAUCACGCUCUUUAACGAAGACGGCGAGAACCCACCGGCGCGACCGGGCAGCGGCGAGGACCCGGUAGUGAUCGCGGCGGCGGCGGCGGCGGGGAGGCGAGUCGGCACGCAGCAGGGCCCGCUUCCGUACACGUGGCAGUUCAACUUCAAGUUCUCGCUCAAGGACGACAUGUACAGCCAGUCGUCGGUCGACUCGCACGUCCAGGCAGGUAUCGACUUCAACGUGCUCGAGCGCGACGGCAUCGACCCGCACGAGUUCGCGUCGCUCAUGAUAUCGUCGGGCAUGGUGUGCGACGACUCGGUCAGCUGGAUCAGCUUCCACGGCGCCUACGACUUUGGCUACCUGACCAAGCUGCUGUGGUGCAAGAUGCUGCCCAACGACGAGAUCGAGUUUGUGGACACUAUGAAGAUCUUCUUCCCUCGCAUCUACGAUGUUAAGUAUCACAUGAAGCACCAGAGCAAGCUGCUCGCCUCCAUCGGCUUCCACGGCGUCGACGGCGCCGUCGUCGAGAUCCUGCAAAAGUUCGACCACAAGUCCACCCUCGAGACCCUAGCCGAGGUGCUCAAGGUCAAGCGGACCGGCCCCGCCCACCAGGCCGGCUCCGACUCGCUCCUCACCGGCCGCGCCUUCUUCCAGAUGCGCGACCGCGUCUUUGGCGGCAAGAUGCCCCAGGACACCGUCGGCCAGGUCUGGGGCCUCGAGGGCCCGGACGGCUCGGGGCCCACGGCCGCCCUUGCCGCCGCCGCAGCCGCCGCCGCCGUCUCGUCCCAGCAGCAGCAGCAGCAGCAGCAGCAGCAGAUGGAGGGCGGCGGCCCCAACGGGAACCACCAGCAGCAGAACGGCGGCGCGCCCAGCACCCCGAACUCUGUCCCCGUCGGCCUGGCCACCACGCCCGGCCCGCCCUCGCACCACUCCAACGGCAUGGGCAUGGGUCCCAUGACGCCCGGUGGGGGUGGCGGCGUGUUUGGCAACUUUUCUAUCCAUACCAGUGGCAGGUGA